AUGACUGAAAGAGAAAAGCGAAAGCAAAGAAAAAUUUGGAAACAAGCGUCAAAGAAAUACAGAGAAAAGAAAAAGACAUUACCAACUAUACUAAACAAUACUCCGCCACAUUCCGAUGAUGAGUUAGCUGCAACACCUUCAGUAAGAAAAACAGUGGGUAGAAAAAUUGUGCGGAAGGACAGAGCCAAAGCAUAUCGUAAAAUCAAACAACAGGAGAAAACAAUUGCUAAAAUUACACGUAAAUAUGAAACCUUGAAGAAAAAACUAAGAAGAAAAGAAAAUAGAGAACAGGAGAAAUCUCAGCCACCAACAACUCCUAACAGCAAGGUUGACGCAUUGAUAAAAAAUGUUGACGUCCCUCCUGAGGUGCGCAAGAAUCUUCUAUUUAACGAAGUACUGACUACGCAAUUAAAAGAAAAAGCUGGUAGUUUGAAAAAAAACUCUAAAGAGAAUGAAGUCUUCCAAAAAUGUGUCAGCGGUGAUUUGGUAAGGAAAUACAAAUUGCUUCAUAUGGUUAAGACUUUUUUGCCAAAAGAAAGAACCAGUACAUCGAUUUUGAAGUCGGAUACCAAAAUUCGUGAGGUUGUGUUGAAGCACGAUAUUCGUCAAAAAGUUGAAGAUUUCUUCCAGAGUGACGAUAUCAGUAGGAUGUGCCCAGCUAAGAGAGAUUUUGUGAAAAACCACUUUGGGUGGUAUCUCCAAAAUUAA